CAACAGUUCUGUGCAACGGCAAAAACUCUGUGCAAAAAAAAAAGUUAUUGCAAUUUCGGUCGGGAGAAGUUGACAGCAGGCGAGGAACAGAGGAACUUACCAACUAAAAGAAGCGGAUUGGAACACUUCUGCUGGAAACUAAAAGGAUAAUAAGGAAGCAAGGGAAGGGGAAAAAAAGGACAAAGAGCGAAGGAUACUGCUCUAUUUGUUGGAUUUGAGCAUACUCUUGGAUUUCUCCCCUUCCUCCUCCUGGGCUGACAGCAAAGGAGGAGGCCGAUCAGCAGGGAUGAAGUACAGCUAUGUACCAGUGUCAUCGUACACACGCAGUUCACAGUACACACCGACAUACCACACACCCACCUUAUACAGCCCUUCGCAUUACACACCAACGCACUACACACCCACAUACUCCUCCAUAACAAAGUACACCCCAACGCAGUACAGCUCAGCACAUUACACGCCGUCACCUUACACAUCCACUUACAAGCCCACAUCCACAUACGUCCCUUCAUACAGCAAAGGAUCCCGGUACAGCUCAACACAGCGCACACAAGCAAAGGAAAAACCUGCACCUGUGAUACCUGUCGCACCUGCAAAGAGGACUGUGCACUUCCCCAAUGACAUCAUCUUCCAGGAUAUCGUCAGACGAGGGGAUAUGGAGCAAAUCGGUCGCUUCAUGAGGGCAAGGAAAGUUCGUGUGGAUACUAUCUUCCACUCGGGUAUGGCAGCAGUACAUGAAGCCGUGCUAACAGGCAACCUGGAGGUGGUGAAGCUGCUGGUGAAAUAUGGCGCCGAUGUUCACCAGAGGGACGAAGACGGCUGGACGCCACUUCACAUGGCCUGCAGUGACGGCUACCCUGAAAUCGCUAGUUACCUGCUCAAGAUGGGAGCCAGCACAGAGGUCGAGAACGAAAGUGGAGAGAAGCCCUCUGACCUCAUCGACCCCGACAGCCAAGAGCUGCUCAAACUGUUUGAAGUCGGCUGUGUUUGAAUCAGGCACCAAACUGAUCAGAGACAGAACAGAAGAAAGACAUAUGAGCAGUCACUUGACAAAGAAAAUAAAAAACGCUAUAAUAUAUCACUAUAAUUUUUGUAUUAUAGCCUUAUAACAUGUAUUUCUCUUUCAGGUGGUCAUUUCAUUUGAUUGUAUUUUGUGCUUUUGUGUAUUUGUCACACUGUCAGUGCAUAUGCUGCAAAUGUUGAUCUGUGAAUAUCUCCAUUUUCACUCUCAGCUCAUGUAAAAUAAUAACAACUAUUUUGUUUGAUUUGAAUCAUCAUGAGCUCCCAGGUUAAAGUAUUUUGACAGAUAGUAUUAGUGUUGAACGCUUACUUUUUAAGUGGCUGGUUGCACUUUACAGGCUGUAUGUAAUAUACUUUCUAAUCGUUUUACAACACAGAGUUAUUGGUGAGAUGUUUGUGCUUUACUAACAGAGGUACGGAUCCACACUGCUGGGCAGGUCGAGGAUCAGCCAAAAUAAUAACGGAUUCUUCAUCCAUGGUCAAGAAUUAUAAAAAAUAAAAGACACCAAAUGUAUGCUGUGUAAGCACCUCUACUGCCGCUGCCUUUUCUCUACUGUAUUGUUGUUGUUUUCUUUAGUAGAAUGUCAGCAAUGAAAGUCUUAUCAUUUUUCUUCAAUAAUUAUUUUUG